AGACGAGAUCCCGUCGUGUGAUCUUCUCUCUCUUUUUUAUUCUCUUUUUCUCUCUCCCUCUCUCUCUCUCUUCCUCUUCGUUUCUCCUUUUAUUUAUCUUUAUCUAUCUCGUAUUCGUUCUCGAUUUUUACGUGAGUAAAGAUUAUUACGUUCGAGAUAUCGCGCAGCGAAAAGUUUCGUGAUUUUACAAACGAUUAUUUUCGUUAACCAUCGACAAACACUAUUAUUUUUUAGGGUGUCAAUACGUAGCCACGUAUAAAUGAAAAACAAUAUAUUGUUAUAUUAUUUCGUAAAGAAAUACACGAGCGUUACCAAAAUGGCCGCGCACUGAACUACGAGGGACUUAUACGAAGGCGGCAGUAUCCAAGCGGCAGUUCGAUUCUCAACGUGUGUGACGACAUGAGUUGUCGUCGAGACGUUCGACGUUUACUUUAGAAAGGGAAAGGAGGGGAAAGGAGGGGAAAGGACGUCUGUCUUUUUCUUUUUUUCUCUUUCUUUCUUUCUUUCUUUCUUUUUUUUUUUUUUUUGAUUUAUUCCUCCUUUUUUCUUCGAAGUAUCGCAGCUUCCCUUCCUUUUAUAUAUAUAUAUAUAUAUAUAUAUAUAUAUAUAUAUAUAUAUAUAUACAUAUAUAUAUAUAUAUAUAUAUUACUCCGACUGGCUAUAAAUCUAGGUGGACCUAUACAAGGUCUAUCUGUUCGAAAGAAGCGGAGCUCGAGGCUCGAGCAAAAGUGACGCCCAUGCCGGACUGCAGGAAAAAAUUGCAAGAAAAGAAGAAGAAGAGAAGCAGAAGGAGGUGAAUGGGAGGGGGUGGGGGAAAAAAAGAAGAAAAGAGAAGAUUAAAAAAAAAAAAGAAGAAACGACGAGAUAAAUCAUCGUCGUCAUCGGUUGUGAUCAUCGUCGUUUAAAAUACAAAACGAAGAGAGAUCGUGGAAGUCGAACGAGAGUUAAAUAAAAAAAAGAAGAAAGAAAAAAAGAAAGAAAGAAAUAAGGAAGGUUCUCCAAAAUGGCGUCCACCAUCGUCACACAGUUUCUGAUAUUUCUUACGUUGGCAGCAUUAUCCUUUAGGAUAACACACUCUCACGUAGCUUUGACGUUUCCACGAGCUAGAAAAUACGAUUUGGAUUUUCUUGACAAUGGCAGGACACCUGGCCCCUGUGGUAUGCCACGCGGUACCAUCAAGACGACGUUACUUUCCGGAAGUAAUUUUAACGUAACAUGGCACCUCUCUUAUCCUCACAAGGGUGGAUUUCGACUUCAAAUUCUCGAUGGCCUUGACAGACCUUUGAUCGAUUUAACACCGGUUACACAACACAGCGAAUUCGUCGAAGAGGAUGCUACAGCCCAAAGUUACCACGUACAAUUGCCACAAAAUUUUACCUGUACCGACUGCACGAUCAGACUCCUUCGAAAAGCUGAAGAAUGGGGCUCCAGUUAUAGAUUUUGGUCCUGUGCAGAUAUCGACAUACUCGAUAGAAAGAUCUACAGGGAAGACUGCAACGGACACGGAAGGUACCUCCUCGGCAGAUGUAGAUGCGAUCGUUUUUAUCAUGGCGCAAGGUGCGAAUUUAAGGAGGAGUGCCUCGACGACACCGAUUGUGGUACCCAGGGCACGUGCAUCGACAAUGGCGGUACGACCGCACCCACCAAGCUCUGCUACUGCAACAUCGGUUGGUUCGGACCGGGUUGUGCAAAAAGAUCACCGAUAAAAACGAUCGAUUUGGAUUUAGAAUCUUACACGAUGAAGCGAUUCUCAGAUGACGUAACCUUCUACUGGAGGAUUUUAUGGACGAGCAUGGAAUUGGAAGGUGUCCUCGUAGCAAACAGUACUACUUGGAUCGGUAUUGGUUGGAGACCGAGCAAUUUAUCUCCAGCAUGUCGAGCCUUUCCUGAAAUAAAUGAUCCACCAAAAGAUGAACCACUGCCAAAGCCCGAACCUAAAUCCGAACCAGAACCAAAACCUGAAUCGGAAAGAAGGAUUACGGAAAGUAAAAGCAAAUUGACGAGUGAACCACUUACGAGUGAACUUUUAGAUGAACCUAAAGCCGAGCCAGAACCAGAACCAAUACCAAUACCAGAGCCUGAACACGAUAGCGAAAGAUCCGGUGCUAAAAGGAGAUCAGCUAAAGUCGAUGGUACAACGUUCGUGACUUAUCGACCAGAUGAUGUUACCGUACAAACUAGCGUGACUUAUCGAGUUAGCACAAAACAAGGUCGUAAACGCAGAUCAUCUGAAACAGAAACAUUACCUUCGAACGGUGAGCGCGCAACCGAGUCGGCCACCAUCAUCGGCACAGAGCCAGAACCCAACUCCGAACCGGAACCUCAAUCUGUGCCAGAAUCCAAAUCUCAACGAGAACCUAAAUCCAAGUUAGAUUCAUCGUCGGUGCCAGAACCUAAAUCUGAACCAGAGCCUAUAUCAAAUCCUGAAUCCAUAUCUGAGCCUGUGCCUGAACCUAAAUCCGAGCCAGAACCAAAGUCAGAACCUGAACCGAAAUCCAAACCAGAGCCCAAAACCGAACCAGAACCAAAGUCAGAACCUGAACCGAAAUCUGAACCUGAGCCCAAAUCAGAGCCAGAACCAAAGUCAGAACCUGAACCGAAAUCUGAACCUGAACCUGAACCGAAAUCCGAACCGGAACCAAAGUCAGAACCUGAACCUAAAUCGGAACCAGAGCCAAAAUCCGAGCCAGAACCCAAAUCCGAGCCUGAACCAGAGCCAAAAUCUGAACCGGAACCUACUUCCGAGCCGGAGCCAAAGUCUGAACCUACCUCAGAACCGAAUAUGGGAGCAACGAAAGCAUCGAUACCAUCUAUGGGACAUAAAUACACUCCAAAACACGACUUUAAUCCUAUGGAUUGCACGGAUAUAAUAAUCGGUACGGCAAGAGGUAUGACACAUAGAAUUGGAGAUUAUUACACCAGGGAUAGAUCGACGCCCCGUCAAGACAAUUAUUGGGGUGGAAAGGACAGUUUAACAGCAGCCAUGGGUUUUGAACGAGAUGGUGUCACUACGAUACUUUUCAGAAGAAAACUAGAAACAAACGAGCCAACGGAUCAUGCUAUUCGGGAAGGUAGUAUGCAUGUGAUAUGGGCCAAGGGUCAAGAGCCAGGUCAAUACAUUCACUAUCCGCCGAGUGGUAUUGAAAAAUCCAAAGUCUCCGUUAAAGAAUUUUAUAAGGUCGAUGAAUUGAAAUAUCACGGACAUAAUUCCCAAAGAGGUGUUACGACCAUCGACUUCUUCGAAAAUAAUGGCGAAGAAGAGGAGGUUAACGUGCCUGUACCAGGUGGUGGUUGCGGUGGUUCAUGGCAAUAUCCAAAACAUUGUUCGGUUGAAAAUCGUACAUGCGAGUACGCCAUAGAAUGGAAUUACAAAGCAAAAUUGGAUCAAAUAUCCUUUGUUAUUUCAACAACGAAUACUAGCAGUUGGACCGGAGUUGGAUUUUCCAACGACGACAAAAUGACACAAACGGAUGCGGUAUUAGGAUGGGUUGAUACAACCAAUGGUCGAGAAUUCGUCAUGGAUACUUGGAUGAGCGGUUACAAUCCUCCUCUGUUAGAUCCUUCCCAGGAUAUUUAUAAUACACACGGACGUAUCGAGGAUGGAAUUAUGACAAUACGAUUUUCAAGAAAACGAAUUACAAAGGAUACCACCAGGGAUUUUUCAUUCACCGACGAUCAUUGCCUGUACAUGAUGUAUCCUGUAAAAGGUGGCAAGUUCAAUGCAGUUAACAAAAAGAUUCAAAAGCAUAAUGCUCCACCGAUGGUCUCUCGUAAAAAAAUCUGCAUAAGAUCUUGCGGCGCAGAAGAGAUAGAAGUGAUAACGACACCAGCUCCACCAAGAUUGUACUAUGACAUUGAAGUUAAAUUAAUCCAUCUCGGCGAUAGUUUUGUACCACCGUCACAGGAUAGUCCCGAUUUUGAAAUAAUAUCAAACACUAUAACGGAGAGUUUUGGCCCGGUUUUCGAAAACCUUCCUGGUUAUUAUCGGAUAAAUCUCGAGGAAUUGAAACGAGAUGAAGAACAAAAUGGAGCAGUGGCGCGCAUGAAAUUGACACUGGACAAAAACGAAAUAAAAGGUAGAGCUUUAAAUCCAUUGGAUGCAACAGCAGCUACAGAAAAGGCAUUAAAGAAAGCUCUCAUUAACGGAAAGGUCGGUGCCCUCUCCGUUGAUCCUCAGUAUCUAGUCAUCAGAGCACCUCGUAUAACCGAAGAAAAUGAAGUAAUCGAAGAAGACGAUCGACCAUUCAAACCGACUUUCCUAUUAAGCGAAACAAAGUUAUACAUCGUCGUUGGAUGCGUUGCUGCAUUAGUAGCACUUGCAGUCUUACAAGCUAUUUGUACACUUUACAAAUCGUCAGUGAAGCGUUCUACCAAGGAUCGUCUUAUAAGCAAUAAUGCAUGGAAAGAUUAUUCCUCCGGAGCGAACACAAAUUUUGGAUUUGAAUCAUUCGAGACCGAAGAGAAGACACAUCCACCACCAGUAUCCAGUCUUCCAAGACCCAGAGAUAUUACUGGGAAUGGUACCAGCCUUGGUCACGACACUGUAGAAGGUCCCAAUAGAAUGAUCAGUCCAAGAGCGACUUACAGUUUACCUCGUGCACCAGGUUCUAGAAAUAACGCACCGACACCGAUGCAACCAGGAUAUUAUACUCAAGAUCGUAGGAGUCAGUAUCAACGAACGAAGGGUCUUCAAGGUACGACGAACAACGUGGCUGCACAAGCAAAUCAACCGGACUUUUACUUCAUGCCUAGUCAACGUAAAUACAGCGGCGAGGUUGUGCGCGUUUACGUUGAUUACGAGAGUCAAAUGCCAAAAUGAGAAAAGGCAAAGCUCUAAAAAUGAAGGAAAGGAAAAGCCGUAUAAAAAAAAAAAAAGAGAAGAAAAAGAAUUAAGAAAGAAAGAAAGAAAAAGUGCGUUUGGUAUUGUGACUUUUCAUAAAAAUGACUAAUCUUUUUCUCGCUUCAGUGAAGCUGUCUGUAAAUAAGUGGAAAAAAAAGUAGAAAAGAAAAAAAAAUUAAUAAUUAUAAUAAUAAUAAUAAUAAUGAUAAUAAUAAUGAUGAUAAUAAUAAUAAUAAUAAUUAUUAUAAUUAUAAUUAUAAUAAUGAUAAUGAUAAUAAAUUCUCAGAGAGCUUGUAGGAGCUUUCCUGCUUUAUAAACGAAGGGACUUUUACUUUCAGAAGCUUUCGCUCGACAGCUCUAUUGAGAAUAUCGUGUACGUAACGAAUGUAUGUACGUACGUAUGUGUGUGUGUAUGUGUGUGUGUGUGUAUGUACUGCAUAUAAGGAAUGUGCUUCUAUAUGAAGACGAAAAAAUGGGAAAAGAAAAGAAAAGAAAAAAAAAAAAGAAAUAUAUGAAGAAAAGUGGAAGCGAUACAAACUCACAGGAGCCGCCGCUUUCGACCAAAGAGUUAAUCGAUAGUGUGUGCGCGUGCGCGAGCACAUACGCAUGCCAAAUCGUGCGCGAUUUUGUACAAAAGUGCGAGAAAAUGAAAAAAAAAAAAGAGAGAGAAAAACGAUCGACCAGUCUCAAUGGAGAGACAUUAACAAACGCACACCGUUAUAAAAUAUAUCUCGACUUCAGAUCGAAAAAAAAAAAAUAAAAAUAAAUAAAAAAGAUACGCGUGUUGCGUUAUAUACUAUAUUAAUGUACAUAUUAAAAUUUUAUAUAUAUAUAUAUAUAUGUGUGUGUGUAUAUAUAUACACAUAUAUAUAUAUGUGUGUAUAUAUAUAUAUAUACACUCACACAUAUAUAUUAUGUAUGCGUAAAUGAUACGAAUAGCAAGCAACACUGCACGCUGACGUUUGCGCAAAUAAAACGUUUGUACAUUUUUUUUUCUUUUUCUUUUUCUAAAUCGAUUUACGAUACUUAUCAUCUCUCUUGUACAAAAACAGAAUGUGCACGAAGAUUAGAGAAUUUUUAAUCACGCAAUACUAAAAUAUAUAAUAAAAUAUGAUGAAUCACGUGAGAUUUAUAUCAUCGUUCAUAUAUAUUCUUGGAUUAUUGAUCGAUCGACGAGCUAACUAACUAACUAACUAAAUAAUUAACCAUAACCGUAAAAGGAAUUGGUUGGAAUAUGUCGGAUCGUAAAUAAAUAGAAAUGUUGGAUAAAAUUAACGAUAAUACUUGUAAUAAUCAUAAUAACGAUAGUAGCAGCAGUAGUAACGAUGGCAAUAGUAUUACAGUAUUAAUUACAGUGUAAUGUCGUUAACAACGGCGUCGAUGGCGCGGCAAGACUUCCGAUAUCAUUUGGUAAUUGGUGAUUUAUAAUUGUAAUAAGGCGACGCCAAAGGUAAGUUGUUCUCCGUACCUCCGAAAUGGUUGUGAUGAGUGAAAUCGGAAGUCAAAUAUUAACGCCAACAUUGCCCCGUCGACCCUAUAUCAUAAUGUUAUAAUGUAACUAGUAGUAUCGAGCACAUUUCCGGGCCUACCAUAAGAUUGUUUUUUCUUCUUUUUCUUUUUUUGUUCUUUUUUUUUUCCUUUGUUUUUAUUUAUUUACUUUUUUUAUUUGUUUGUUUGUUUGUUCUUUCUUUCAUUUUUUCUUUCUCUCUUUCUGCACUUUCGUCGAUCAUGUGCACGAAGAUUACACAUAGGAGAGAAACCACCAAGUUCCGUCACUUUUGACUUGACGUUCCUUCACUCUCUACUCCAUCUACCUCUCUCCCAAUCACUCUGAUUUUCUUGUUUCAGAAGAACGAUACUAAAAUAUGUGAUGAACGUAUGCGCGACCGACCAUCAUACUAAUGCAUUAAGAUUAAUUGCAACAAAUAAGAUUUGUUUUUCUUUCUUGUAACCACUAAUCACGGGCGGGCAAGCGCACGCGCAAUCGCAUUCUCCGAAACAGACAAAUCGUAUUGGCAAUUAUAAUAACUGACUUCUUUCAUUUUUGUCCGUUCGGCACAGAUUAAUCAUACGUAACGCCAUAUCCAGAUCGCCAUUUUGAAUGCAUUUUGCGUACGCUGCUUCAUCAUCGCCAUCAUCAUCAUCAUCAUCAUCAUCAUCACCGUCAUCAUCAUAAUCAUGUCAUCACCAUUAUUAUCAUGACUCUCGCGCCCUUUACUUUCUCUCUUCUGAACGUUAAUUACACGGAUAUUUUUUUUCUUCUCCAAACGUACACAUCGGGCAGCAUCACACACACACACACAUACUUGCAUACACACAUGCACGCACGCGCGCGCAGGCAGUACACGUGCGCGCAUAUAUAUAUAUGUCUGUAUGUAUGUAUAUACAUAUGCAACGCACACAAACACGCGCGCGCAUGCGCGCGAACGUAAACGAACGCGCACGCUUAUGACGCACACACACACACACACACACAUAUACACACGGAGGAUACAUCAGCACAUCAUUUUUCUAUCGAUCAAAGCAAUGUAGUCAAGAGUACGAACAGACGAACGUCUAGGUAAAUGGAGCGAACACCAUAUUAAGGCUUAAUUUAACUCGUUCGUAAAUGUUAAUUUCCGCGCGUUUAUCCACAAUCUCCCAUUUUUUAUUUAUUUUAUUUUAUUUUAUUUUAUUUUAUUUUCUCCCUUCUAAUUUUUCCAUCUUACUAUAUUUUUCUUUCAUUUCCUUUUUUUCUUUUUCUUUCUUUUACGCAAUAACAUACACUGUGGCAUAUAAUGCUUUUAUUCUCUCUCGCUCCCUCUCUCUCUCGUUCUCUCUCACUCUUUUUCUCCCUCUUUCUCUUU